CUUGAACUUUGGGUGGGUCAUUAAUUACAUUCAAAUCCGACCAUUAGUAACCUCUGGUUCAUCAUCAGUAACAGCAAGAGGAGAGGAGAGGAGAGGAUAGAGUUAAGAAUCACUUUAUUACAGAGAUCCCCAUAAAACCAAAACCCACACGAUCGACGACAUAGAAAAACAAAAAAGAACAGCCAAAAAGCCAGUUCAGAAUCAUAUAUGAGAUUAAUGAUGAACACAGAUCUGGCUCUGUUUCUUUCCAUCACCGGCACCGCCUUCUUCUUGGUUUCUACACUAACAGUACCCAUCAACGCCGACGAAAUUAGCUACCACCAACACCAACCUAUGCAGGCGGCGCUCAAGUCGUUCAUCGCCUCCCGCCGUCCUUCCCUUGUCUCCAUCCCUUCAUCGCCGCCGCGACAGACGGUGCACCGCCACCACGGCAGAGCUGUUUCGCGUGUUUAUGAAGUCACCGCGUAUGGCGCCGAUCCGACGGGGACGGAAGACAGCACGGAGGCAUUAUUGAAGGUAUUUGCUGAUGUACUGAGAGGCCCCACCUCUGGCACCAUGCUCCAUGGCAUGAUCAAGAAUUUUGGCGGCGCCCAAAUCAAUCUCGCCGGCGGCAUCUACCUCAUCAGCCGGCCCCUCCGCUUUCCUGUUGGCGGCGUCGGCAACGUCGUGAUUUUGGGAGGCUCCCUUCGCGCAUCCGACGAUUUCCCGACCGACGGAUACUUAAUCAACCUAUCGACUUCUUCUAGGUGGUCGUCGACGGCGAAGAAGUACGACUACGAGUACAUAACACUGAGGGACCUAAUGCUCGACUCCAACUUCCGAGGCGGCGGUGUCUUCAUCAGAGACUCCGCCCGGAUCUCCAUCGACAACUGUUACAUCACCCAUUUAUCCACCGACGGGAUCUCCAUCAACGGCGGCCUCGACAACCUCGUCCGCAACACAUUCAUCGGCCAGCACAUCACCAACGGCUCUGACGCCCACGAGCGCCACUUCUCCGGCACGGGCAUCGCCCUCAACAGCGGCGACAACGCCAUCACCAACGUCGUCAUCUUCUCCGCCGCUGUCGGGAUCAACGUCACCCGCCAGGCCAACUUCCUCAGUGGGGUCCACUGCUACAACAAGGGCCACAAGUACGGCGGGGUUGGUAUCUACCUGAACCUCAGCGGCCGGGCCCAAACGCACAUCGUAAACUCCUACCUCGACUUCACCGGAAUCGUGGCCGAGGACCCGGUGCAGCUCACGGUCGCCAACAGCUUCUUCCUCGAGGCCUUCAUCGUGUUCAAGUCGAAAAUCGGCGUGGCGAAGUGGGUGACGGUGGUGAACAACAUGUUCAGCGGGCUGAGGGGGAAGAUGGUGGUGCUGGACGGGAAGUUCGAGGACAUCGACAACGUGCUGGUGGACGGGAACGAGGUCGGCGGCGGGAUGGGUCUCAAGGCAACAGUGGCGCUUGGGUCGACAAAGGGGAGAGGGAAGACGUCGUGGGUGGUGGAUUUCAAUCAGGUUCUGCUCUUCCCGCGCCGGAUUACCCACGCACACUACACGCUCACCUCUAUCGGGACUGAGUUUCCGAGGCACGCGCUGAGGAAUGUAACCAGGAAUCGAGUGGUGGUGGAAUCGGACAUCCCCGUCACGGGGACCGUGUACGCCACAGUGAGGCAGUAAUUAAACAGAUUUAAUUACUUCAUUUUUUUUCUUUUUUUGUACCUGCUACAUAUACCAUACCGUAAAAUUUUUUAUUAUAAAAACUAAACACCAUGAUUUUGAAUCUACUACUCAUUAAACAGUCGAGCUAGAGUUCAUCAAGUGGGGCCCAUUCAACAAUCACCCUCUUUUCUCCAUGCAUCAUCCGUCCCUCUCUUUUAGUAAUUGACCCCUUUUUUUUAAUCCAUUAUAUUAAAAAUGUUUUAAUGCU